AUGUUUUUUGUAGGUACAGUAUGUCAAAUGACAUUUAGAAGACUGACUAAAAGUUCGAUUAGUCUCAGUUCUCACCCGCAUUCUGUUGCUGUUGGCGAUUUUAAUAAUGAUAAUCAAAUAGAUGUUGUUGUCACCAAUUCGGAUUCAAACACUAUCGGUAUAUUUCUUGCAAAUAAUGAUGGAACUUUUGCCAACCAACAAACAUAUUCAACUGGAUCAGAAUCUCAUCCUUAUUCAAUUAGUGUCAGUGAUUUCAAUAAUGACAAUUAUUUAGAUAUUGCUGUCGCUAACUAUGGUACUCAUAAUAUAGGCAUUUUUAUUGGAUAUGGAAAUGGAACAUUUCAUAAUCAAAAGACAAUUUCGACUGAUUCUUCUCGUCCAUUAUUUAUCACUAUAGGAGAUUUCAAUAAAGAUACUCAUUUGGAUAUAAUCGUCGCUAAUAAUGGUACUAAUAGUAUUGGUAUCUUUUCAGGAGAUGGUCAAGGAUCUUUUCAAUUACAGUCAACCUAUUCAACCGGUUACGACUCUCUUCCAUGUUCGUUAGCAGUGGGUGACUUCAAUAAAGACAAUCAAUUAGACAUUGCUGUCGCCAAUUAUGGAACUGAUAAUAUAUGUAUAUUUCUAGGUUAUGGAAAUGGAACGUUCGCAAGUCCAAAGACGUAUACAACUACUCAUAAUUCAAAACCUUCUUCCAUUGUUGUUGCAGAUUUUAAUAAUGACAAGCAACUAGAUAUUGCUGUUACCCAUUAUGGUACUGGCAAUAUAAGUAUAUUUCUUGAUUAUGCUAACGGAACUUUUGCAUCACAAAGUAUAUAUUCAAUUAGUUUCGAGUCGAGUCCACACUUCAUAGCUGUUGGUCAUUUCGAUAAGGAUAGCCAUCUUGAUCUUGCUGUCGCUGAUUCAGAAAAUGACCAGAUUCAUAUUAUUCGAGGUUAUGGCAAUGGACGUUUUGCUACAUUAACAACAUACGACUCAAUAACUGGAUCUCGUCCAAUCGCAGUCGCUGUCACUGAUUUCGAUAAAGAUAAUCAAUCAGAUAUUGUUGUAGCCAAUAAUGGCAAUAAUAAUAUUCUUAUACUCAUUGGAUAUUAUAGUAAACCAUCGACGAGAAUAAGAAAUUAUUUUGUUGGACAUGACUCUCAUCCAAGUUCACUUGUUCUUUAUGACUUUAAUUAUGAUGGAAAAUUAGAUAUAGCCGUUAAUAGUCAUAAUAUACUGAUUUUUACUGGUAUUGGCGAUGGAACUUUUGUUCGAGGAGAGGAAUAUUCAACUGGCAACCAAUCGGUUCUACAAUAUCUUUGUGUCGGUGAUUUAAAUAAUGAUAAUCGAAUAGAUAUUGUUGUUGCUAAUGUAGGCCGUAACUGUAUAGAUGUUCUCUUUGGACAAGAUAAUGGAACUUUUUCCACUAUAGUGACAUUUUCUACUGGUGAUAGUUCUACUCCAUGGUUUGUUGCACUCAGUGACGUUAAUAAUGACAAUCAAUUAGAUAUGAUCUCUGCAAAUACUGGUUCUGGUAGUAUUGGUAUUUUUCUUGGAUAUGGUAAUGGCACUUUUGCUAAUAUGGAAACAUAUUCUACUGGUACUGUUUCUAAUCCGAUGUCACUUGCUGUUGGUUAUGUCAAUAAUGAUGAACACUUAGAUAUUGUCGUUGCUAUUCAAAAUCCUGACAGUAUAAAGGUUUUUCUCGGAUAUGGCAAUGGAACUUUCGAAAUUAUAAUGACUUAUUCGUUUGGCAUUAAUGCUCAAACGUUUUGGGUUGUACUUUCUGAGCUUAAUAGAGACAAUCAUCUAGAUAUUGUUGUUGUUAGCAAUAAUAUCGGAGUAAGCAUUUUUCUUGGAAAUGGAGAUGGAACUUUUAGAACACAAGUAACUUAUUCGACGGGAUCUGGCGCUUCACCAUACGAUGCUGUCGUUACGGAUUUUAAUCAGGAUAAUUAUUAUGACAUUGUUGUCACCAAUGGUGCCAGCAACGAAGUAGCUAUUUUGUUUGGAGAUGGCAAUGGCAAUUUUGAAUUCACACAGGCGUAUUCUACUGGGCUCAAUUCAGGUCCAUACGGUAUUGCUGUUGAAGAUCUUAACAAUGACAAACAGUUAGAAAUUGUCGUUGUUCUGUGGGGUACUGAUAAUGUUGGUGUUUUAACUCAAUAUUAUGCUGCAAAUUUCGCUAAGCAAGCUAUCAAUCCAACUGGCUCUGCUCUACAUCCACACUCAAUAGCUGUUGGUGACUUCAAUAGAGAUAAUCGAUCAGAUAUUGUUGUUGUCAAUUCUGGUACUGAUAAUUUAGGAAUACGUCUUGGUUCGAGUAAUGGAACAUUUGGUCCAAACAUGAUGUAUUCCAUUGCAACCAAUGCCUAUCCACAAUAUGUCAUAACUGUUGAUAUAAAUAAAGACAAAGACUUGGAUAUAGUCGUUGUAAAUUCAAGAAACAGUAGCAUCAGUGUAAUAAUGGGAUAUGGCAACGGUAGUUUUGUAGCGCAAACAAUGUAUUCAACAGGAGUUGAGUCACGUCCGUAUGCAAUAGCUGUAGGAGAUUUCAAUAACGACUACCAACAGGAUCUUGUUAUUGCUAAUUCAGGAACAGAUAAUAUAGGUAUAUUCUUUGGACAUAAUUAUGCAUCAUUUCAAGAUCAAAAGACGUAUUCAAAUAAAGAUUGCUUUACACCGAAUGAUGUUGUUGUUGGCCAUUUCAAUAAUGAUAACUAUCUCGAUAUUGCUGUCGUAUGCGGAAAUAGUAAUAAUUUAGCAAUUCUACUUGGAUAUGAUGAUGGAUGUUUUGCUGAUAUGAUAACUUAUUCAACUGGAUCUAAUUCAUAUCCAAAUAGUCUAGCUAUUGGGGACUUCAACAAUGAUGACCAAAUGGAUAUUGUUGUAGUUAAUUAUGCAGCUAAUAAUAUAGGACUCUUUUUAAAUUAUGGCAAUGGGAGUUUUGCUAAUAUGAUAACAUAUUCAACUGGUGAUGGUUCUACUCCUCGCAGUGCUGCUGUUGGCGAUUUAAAUAAUGACAAUCUGACUGAUAUUGUCGCGGUUAAUUCUGGACAUAAUAGUAUAGGUAUAAUUAUAGGAUAUGGCAAUGGAAAUUUUGAUAAGAUGAUAACAUAUUCAACUGGAAAAUUUUCCAAUCCAUAUGCAGCAGCCAUUAGUGAUUUAAACAAUGAUGGUCGAUUAGAUAUUGCCGUGGUGAAUGUUGAGAUUAACGAAGUAUGUAUUUUCAUUGGAUACGGCAAUGUAAGUUUCGCUAUACUAGCUAGCUAUUCAACAGGUUAUCGAUCUAAUCCAUGCUGGAUAAUUAUUAAUGAUUUCAACAAUGACAAUCGAUCUGAUAUUGCUACUGCUAAUUUCAAUAGUAAUUAUAUCGGUAUUCUUCUUGGGUAUGGGAAUGGAUCUUAUGCUAGUGUUGUAACAUAUUUUUCUGGAGAUAAUUCUAGCCCAGAAUGUGUUAGCGCUGAUGAUUUCAAUAAUGAUAACAUAUUAGAUAUUGCUGUCGCUAAUUCUUAUUCUAACAAUAUUGUUGUACUUUUCGGAGUUGGAGAUGGAACUUUUUUACUCGGUAAAGCAUAUUCAACUGGAACAGGAUCUGUACCAAUCUCAUUAGCUAUUGGCGAUUUUGAUAAUGAUGCACGAUUAGAUAUAGUUGUCGCCAAUUUUCAAUCGAACAAUAUAGGCAUAUUUCUUGGAUACAGCCAUGAACCUUUUGGAGAUAUAACAAAUUAUCCAACUGGUGAUGGGUCACAGCCACAUUCAGUUGCUGUUGCUGACUUCAAUAAGGAUGGUUACUCGGAUAUUGUAGUGACUAAUUAUGGUACUGACAAUAUAGGUAUUUUUCUUGGAUUUGGCAAGAGAAUUUUUAGUACUAUGAUAAUUUAUUCAACUGGAAUUGGUUCUGCUCCAUAUGCUGUUGCCAUUAGUGAUUUCAAUAACGAUAGUCAAUUAGAUAUUGUCGUUACCAAUUCGGAGACAAAUACUGUUAUUAUUUUUCUUGGUAACGGGAAUGGAACAUUUUCUAUUGUAGCGACGUACUCAACUGGUGUCCGUUCUCGUCCGUACACAGUCGCCAUAGGUGAUUUCAACAAUGAUAAUCGAUCGGAUAUUGUUAUUGCGAACUCUGGUACUAACGCAAUACUUAUACUUCAUGGAUACGGAAAUGGAUCUUUUGGAAAUGAUAUGUUGUAUGUAUUAAACUAUAAAUAUUAUCCUUAUUCAGUUGCUGUUACUGAUUUGAAUCAAGACAAUUGGAUGGACAUUGUCAUAGCAUGCUAUGGCACAGACAAUAUAGAAACUCUAGUGAAAAUGUGCUAG